AUGUCCGAAGAGAAGAUCUACAUUUCGUACAACCACAUCCACCAGCUCUGCCAGGAGGUUGCUCCACGGAUCAUGGAGCUGGACAUCGACUUUAUCAUCGCCAUUGGUGGCGGCGGGUUCAUUCCGGCCCGGAUCUUGCGGACGUUUUUGAAGCAGCCGGGGGAGUCGUCGAAGCGGAUCUUCGCCAUCAUCCUCUCGCUAUACGAGGACGUGCAGACGAGGGGCGACGAUGCCGAGGAGGUGGGUACCGGGGUGAAGCGGAUCCAGUGGAUCGACUACAUGGACAGCAACAUCGACUUGGUGGGCAAGAAGGUGCUUGUCAUCGAUGAGGUGGACGACUCCCGCACGACGAUCCACUACGCGAUCAACGAGUUGAUCAAGGACGCCGAGACGCAGGCCGGCGGGGAGUUGAAGACGGAUUUCUACAUGUUUGUGUUGCACAACAAGCUCAAGGAAAAGCGGGCAGAAUUGCCUGCGUGCAUUGCGAAGGCGGGCCACUACAUUGCUGCACGGGAGACCCCGGACUGCUGGGUGGCGUACCCGUGGGAAAGCGACGACAUUGUGCACCACCAGCUCAUGGCGGAGAAGCAGGGCUACGACAUCGACAUCGACCGAUCCAGCCUGUCCAGGUGA